UUUAGGUAGUCAUCAGAAAUCAAGAUUUGACUCAAAAGCAUUUGUAUGGAGACAGUGUCAAGGUCAACUCGCUGACUUAGUCUUUGAGGGAGAAAUGGAGAGAUUUUUCAAGUGGCAUGCAAAUGCCUCAAUGAAUCAUUAACUCUGUGAAAUACCAAUUUCUUUUUAUAACUCAUCUGGGAUGCUGGACUUAGCUCAAAAUAAACAGAGGACAGCUCUGAUGCUUUUUUAAAACCAGCAGUCACUUAAAACUACAAAUGGGGUCUCGGGUCAAAGAUAAGGAAGUAAGGUUUUUUUGACCCUAUCUGUCUGCUGAUCGGGAACUGUAAAUGUCCACAAACCUUGUGUUAUGUUGCUUAAAAAGAACACUCCAGAUUCUGUUUGGAUUAUACAGUUAAAAGAGCGAACUGUCUCCAACAAUAUAUCAGAGAUCUGAACUUAAAGACAAGAAAUGAGUUCUUUGGAAAAGAAUUGUGUUCCUUCAUCCUCCAGAAUAGAACGUCUUCAGCAGUGGCAGCAAUCUUAUCCCAGUGAUUUGAGCUGUCCUAUCUGUCUCCAAACCGCUAAUUUCCCUGUAGAAACCAACUGUGGACAUUUCUUUUGUGGUUACUGUCUAAUUCAAUACUGGAAACAUGGGUCUUGGCUGAGUGCAAUCAACUGUCCACUUUGCAGGCAAAAAGUUGUUUUUUUGUACACCUGUUCUGAAAACCAGCCUGACAAGAAAAACAAGCAAACUUUCUAUGACAUCAGAACUUACAACAAACGCUUCUCAGGACUCCCUCAGUCUUUUAUAGAUCAUCUUUAUGACAUGCCACUUCUUCUCCUUGUUAUCCUAAGAGGAAUCUUCACUCUAACUGCCCUUGUGUGGAUCUUUCUCUUCAGAGUUGUCAUCUGUUUUUUUGGAACCAUCAUGUGCUCAACCUGCCCACCUGAAGGGAUGCCUGAACCUCUCUGUGGAAUAUUGCAGACAGCUGAUAACUUAGCUGUCAUGCUCUUACUUUUGAUUAGCUUUAUAAACAUUUGCCCUCAAAUGGAAUCAGAAGGUGCAAAUAGGACUAUCUCUAGGGAAUAAAACAUUACCUUGGCAUCAUAAGAGAGGGAACUGCAUUGUCUCUGAAAGGUCAAAAUUAACCAGCCGUGAUACAUUUAUAAUGGACUGAUAGUGGACUUAGUUUUAAAAAGUGAUUAAAAAUGAUAAAGAAUAUAUUGGCUGGAUGCUGUUAUGCUAAUAAAGGACUGAAAACCCAGUGAGGUCUCUGAGUCUUUAAAAAGGCAUUGCUGUUGUUUUAAGAAUAUAUUUUAGGGUAUCUUGGGGACGACUGAAUAAUUGAUAUAUCUCUGAUUAGGACAUUGAUGCUGGUAGUUAGAAGCAGGCACAGAAAUUAGGAAGCAGAAGGUACUGAGAAAAUGAGGAAGUGGCAGUACUAGAUAAAGUUUAUCUAAGUCUAGAUGUUAAUAGAGUAGAGUUGCGUAGAGUAGAAUAGAGUACUAC